ACAAGAGAAGACAAAAAUCUCUUGAGAUAUUAUCACUACAUUCUUCACGACGUCGAUGAUACUCAUGCGGGCACCUUAGAUUCUGACACGUUGAAGAAGAUAAGGGCCACAGUGGCCGUUGAAUGGCAAAAGAGGCACGGCGAGUGCCUAGCUCGAUUGAUUCAGGAAAUAAAACAUGACUACGUUAUGAGCAUGAAAAAGUCCAUCGUCGAUUUCACGCUCCAGGAGCCCUUCGAAGAGGCCCACGCACUCUGCGCCCCGCCGACGAUCUCGCAAAGAAUUGCCGAGCCGUUCUCACCGGAGGUCAGUGAUAAAUAUCGCAGGAUGAGAGCGACGCUAGAGAAGAGAUCGAUUAUCCUGUACCACCCAUGCAUACGCAAGAUCUUGGAUUAUUGGUAUCGCGAGUACGGAGACAUCAAGCAAGUGGAUAAGCUAGAGCUGGCGUCGUUCGGACAGUCGUACGAUCUUUCGAAUUUCGCCUAUAAAUUUUCGAAGAUGCUCAAAAGCACGAAUGACAAGGUUCUCCAUCAGUGGCUGUCAAAGAUCUGCGAUAUUUUAGCAGCGGCAUCGAAGAAGAAAAGUUUACCAGCAACAACCGAUGUCCGAUACAAGAGAUUCUUCAAUUGCCUCGCUUAUGUCAUGGAGAAUCAAUUGCGGGACUUGUGUUUGCGUUCGAUAGAGGAUUACAUCGAUUACCUCACGGACGUGGGUCGCACAAAUUGUGGCUUUAACAUCGAUGUCGUGGUGAAGAACAUGUUCGUCACAUUUGAGCCGACGUUCCAAGCGUUCGUGACUACGCUCUCGAUGCUACUGAAUUCUCUCUACGAUUCUGUAACUACGUUACAACGCGCGGAGGUAAAACCGGAGAUGAUUCCUGGAGUUCAGCCCGACGUUCGUUCGGCCGAACUGCUCAAGCCGACGAUUUCUUUGGACCUUCUUGAGCGGCACACGAACACCAUAUCGAAUUUAAUCGAACGCUACAAAACCGACACGGAGUCGCAGCUGCGUGAGUUCGAUAAGUAUCUGAAAUUGAUAAGAAACGAGGACGCUAAUUACGUUCAGAACUUUUUGAAAGCCCAGCCGCCUAAUCCCUUUGAGAAAUACUGCGAACUCAUUGAUUAUUACGAUCAACUGAGCAAGAAUGUCCCGCUGGAGUUUCACAGAACGGUUUUCACCGACCUCUUCAUAGUUCGUCGGCAACAUAUUAUACAACAUAUUGCUACCACAGCUGCUCACCUCAAAGACGAUUUAAUUUCAAAGAUGAUCGCCGAUUAUCAGCAAAUAGUUCGGGCCAUAGGGGAUGAGUAUCAGAAUAUCGCGGACCAGGCGUUAAGUACGCCACUCAACACAUUAGAACUCAUGAAACUCCAGAAAUUUAUACAUAAAUCUGAGACCAAGACUAUUUACGAAUUGGAGAGCCAGCUGAGGGAGGCGAUGAAGUAUAUAUUAUUUUUGUCGGAUUACGUACAUUUGACACCGGUCGAGAUAAAGACGAAUAAUUUCGCUUUUCACUGGCCCUUUCAAAUGCCCAGUAUCUUUGAGCAGUACCGGGAGAUAUUCGCGAGUAAAUCAGAAGAGUACCAAAUGUUACUCAAGGUCAGAAUCGAGAAAUUCAAGCAGGACCUCGAGAUUUAUGCGAAGUACUGCGACGAAUUGCAACACUGGGGCAACAUCGAGGAGAUACAACGGUACAAGAAGAAAGCCACGAGCCUCGAUAACAAGUUAAUCGCCGCGAUGGACACGAUCGACGAAUUUAACGAUGAGGAGAAAUUGUUCGGCUGGGAGUUAUCGCAGUAUCCUUUGAGGAAGAAGGUAGCCGAUAAAUUGCUACCCUUCAAGAGACUCUACGACACCGCCUGCGAGUUCAUGAGCAACUACGAGAUGUGGACGGAAGCCGUUGUGGGCUCGCAUGAUCCCGAAGUGAUCGAUAUCGAGACCAGUAAUGCGUAUCGCAUCGUGUACAAGCUGGAGAAGGCUUUCCAGGAGCCCGCGGUGAGGAAGCUGGCGGAGGUCGUGAGGACGAAUAUCGAGGAGUUCAAAGAGCACAUGCCGGUGAUAUUGACCCUUGGCAAUCCCCACCUGAAAAGUCGCCAUUGGGAGCAAAUCUCGGAGAUUGUCGGGUUUCCCAUAAUAGUGGAUCAAUACAUGACGUUGGCCAAGAUCCUCGACUACUGCCUGGGUGAUUAUGUAGCGAAAUUCGAGGGUAUCUCCGAAGCAGCUAGCAAAGAAGGCAAUCUGGAGAGAGCGUUGCACAGAAUGUACUCCGAUUGGACGGAUAUCGCGUUCACCGUCAAUCCGUAUCGCGACACGGGCACGUACGUCAUCGCCAGCGUGGACGACAUACAGAUGUUGCUCGACGACCACCUGAUGAAAACGCAGACCAUGAAGAAUUCUCUCUACAUCAAGCCGUUCGAGAAGGAGACUCUGGAAUGGGAGGCUAAGCUGCUCUUGCUGCAAGACAUCAUGGAUUACUGGCUGAAAGUUCAGGGAACGUGGAUGUAUCUCGAGCCGAUCUUCUCGUCACCCGACAUCCAGCAACAGAUGCCGGAGGAGAGUCGACGAUUCAGCGCCGUGGACAAAAUCUGGCGAGAGAUUAUGACGGUCGUCGCAGUCAACCCACUGGUCAUGUUCGUCGUCGAGAUCGAGAAGAUGCUGGAACGCUUGAAGAAAUGCACCAGCCUGCUGGACUUGGUGCAGAAAGGACUGGCCGCAUACUUGGAGAAGAAGAGACUCUACUUCCCGCGUUUCUUCUUCCUCUCCAACGACGAACUCCUGGAGAUAUUGUCCGAGACGAAGGACCCGACGCGGGUGCAGCCGCAUCUGAAAAAGUGCUUCGAGGGUAUCGCGAGAUUAACCUUCACCGAUGACAUGGAGGCUACAGCUAUGAUAUCAUCCGAAGGGGAGGAGAUUAUUCUCGAGGAUAUAAUCGACACGUCUGCCGCGCGAGGACAGGUAGAGAAGUGGCUUCUCGAGCUCGAGAUCGACAUGAAGAAAAGCGUGAAAGCUCAGGUGAUACACGCCAAAGACGCUUUCCCGACUAAAGCCAGAAGUCAAUGGGCUUUAGAUUGGCCUGGCCAGACAAUUCUCUGCAUCAGCAAGAUGUACUGGACGGCACAGAUUACCAUUAAAUUCCCGGAGGGUGUCGAAAGUUUAAAGGCCUAUGUAGAAACGUGCACGUACGAGCUCAACGAGAUCGUCAAGCUCGUUCGCGGCAAAUUAUCGAAGCAGAACCGAACGACUCUAGAAGCUCUAGUGACGUUGGACGUUCACAGCCGCGACGUGUUGGCGCACAUAUCCGAUCAAGGUGUGACUCAAGCGUCGGAUUUCAGGUGGCUUUGCCAACUGAGGUAUUACUGGAUGGACGACGAUCUAUUGACGAUGAUGAUAAAUUCCAUGCUAGGCUAUGCGUAUGAAUACUUGGGUAAUACGUCGCGGUUAGUAAUCACGCCGCUCACCGACCGAUGCUAUCGCACCUUGUUCGGUGCUCUCAGCUUACACCUUGGUGGAGCACCGGAAGGACCCGCCGGGACAGGUAAAACGGAAACUACCAAGGAUCUGGCAAAGGCGGUCGCCAAGCAAUGCGUCGUGUUCAACUGCUCGGAGGGAUUGGACUACCUCGCUCUGGGUAAAUUUUUCAAGGGCUUAGCAAGCACGGGUGCGUGGUCUUGCUUUGACGAAUUCAACCGCAUCGACCUGGAGGUCCUGUCGGUCGUAGCACAGCAAAUCUUAACCAUUCAACGUGCCAUAAACGCGGCGCAGAAGACUCUUAUUUUCGAGGACACGGAACUGAAACUGGAUCGCACGUGCGCGGUAUUUAUCACGAUGAAUCCGGGAUACGCUGGCAGAUCGGAACUGCCGGAUAAUCUGAAAGCUCUGUUUCGACCGGUAGCUAUGAUGGUACCGGAUUACGCUUUGAUAGCGGAGAACACGCUAUAUUCGUACGGAUUCUACAACGCGAGGCCCUUAUCGGUGAAGAUAGUCAUGGCUUACAAGCUAUGCUCGGAGCAACUGUCCAGCCAGAAUCAUUACGACUACGGCAUGCGAGCGGUGAAAUCCGUCCUGAUAGCGGCGGGUAACCUGAAGUUGAAAUAUCCGGAAGAAAACGAGGACAUUUUGAUCUUGCGCAGCAUCACCGAUGUGAACCUGCCCAAGUUCCUCAAUGAAGAUCUACCGUUGUUCCGCGGUAUCACGUCGGACCUGUUUCCGAACGUGGUGCUGCCGGAGCCUGACUACAAGUACUUAAACGAGAGCGCGUACCAAGCCUGUGCCGCUGCAAACGUCCAGUGCAUCCCCGUAUUCCUCGAGAAGAUUCAACAGAUCUACGAGAUGAUGUUGGUCAGGCAUGGAUUCAUGAUCGUCGGGUAUCCGUUCGGCGGCAAAACCACGGCCUACAAGAUGCUGGCCGACGCGCUGGAGAUUUGCGAGGAAAAAAAUUUGAUGGACGAGCACAAGGUGGAAAUGACGAUCAUGAACCCGAAGGCGAUAACGCUCGGGCAAUUGUACGGGCAGUUCGAUCCGGCGUCUCACGAAUGGCAGGACGGUAUCCUGGCUGUUAGCUAUCGAGCCUUCGCGACGUCGACAAACGAGAACCGGAAGUGGCUGAUCUUCGACGGUCCGAUUGACGCGGUAUGGAUAGAGAGCAUGAACACUGUCCUCGACGACAACAAGAAGCUCUGCUUGAUGAGCGGCGAGAUCAUCCAGCUGGCCCCGACGACCAACUUGAUCUUCGAGCCGAUGGACCUGGAAGCCGCCUCGCCAGCUACGGUGUCUCGCUGCGGGAUGAUUUAUAUGGAGCCUACGUCAUUGGGAUGGGAGCCCCUGUUAAAAUCCUGGAUAGUGACACUGCCGGAAGUGGUGGACGAGUGGCUGCGAACUUUCCUGUACGAGUCGCUGUUCCUCCGAUUUUGCAAACCACUUUUCCACCUGUUGCGUCGGUGCAACGUAAAGGAAUUGUGCCCGAUGCCAGACUCGAACCUCGUACGAUCCGUCACUUAUCUAAUGGACUGUUUCAUGGACGAUUAUUAUGAUGAAGAAGCCGCGAAGAAGAUAAGCGAGCUCGAUCUUCGAGCACAGAUAGAGGGCUCGUUCUUUUUCUCGUGUAUCUGGGCGAUGGGAGGCACUCUGGAGGCCAAGUAUCGAGAACAAUUUAGCAUCAUGUUCCGCGGUCUCCUCGAGAAAGAAUUUCCAGUCACUCUGAUGAACGAAUUCCAAUUGAGAGAAUCCGUACCAGCGCCUCUGAAGCCAUACAUUUUCAUCAUGCCGAAGCAUCACUUGGUGUUCGAUUAUAGAUUUUUUAAGGAGGGCAAGGGAAAGUGGAAAUUAUGGUCCGACGAACUGAUAAACGUACCGCCGAUACCGCGCGACAUCCCCGUGAAUCAGAUAAUCGUGCCGACCGUGGAAACAAUACGGUACACGACGCUUUUCCAGAUGCUGGUCCAACACGAGAAGCCGGUGCUCUUCGUGGGCCCUACCGGCACUGGGAAAUCCGUGUACAUAAUCGACUUUCUGCUAAAGAAGAAUAACGCGGCGGUGAACAAGCCGCUGCUGAUCAAUUUCUCCGCGCAGACCACCGCCAACCAAACCCAAGACAUUAUCAUGAACAAGUUAGAUCGUAGACGCAAAGGCGUGUUUGGACCGCCCAUAGGUAAACGCUGGAUCAUCUUCGUCGACGACGUCUCGAUGCCGAUGAAGGAAACGUACGGGGCGCAACCGCCGAUCGAAUUAUUACGACAAUGGCUGGAUCACUGGCAAUGGUACGAUAGAAAAGAAGGAACGAUGAUCAAGUUAAUCGAGAUACAAUUAAUGUGCGCCAUGGCACCGCCGAUCGCCGGUGGCAAGGACGUCACGCCGCGAUUCAAGCGGCACUUCUUCACCCUGGCGAUAUCGGAAUUCGAAGACGACGUUAUGAUCACGAUAUUCAGCAGGAUCGUUCUGUGGCAUCUCGAUACAAGGGGUUUCAGUAAAGAUUUUGAUCCGUGCAUCGAUCAGAUUGUCCUCGCAACAUUGGACAUUUAUAAGAAGAGCCUGUGCAAUCUGCUGCCAACUCCCACGAAGAGUCAUUAUAAGUUCAAUCUCCGAGAUUUCUCUAGAGUGAUCCAGGGAGUGCUUUUAUCAGUCCCGGAGACGAUGCCGGCACUCUCGAAUAUGAAGCGAUUGUGGGUUCACGAGAUACUUCGGGUAUUCGGAGAUCGUUUGAUCGACGAGACGGAUAUAAAGUGGCUGGUGAAGCAAAUAGCUAAUACGCUGAAAGAAUACAUGGAGAUCUCGAUCGAGGAGCUCUUCGAGGAUUUGCUGCCUAAGAAGCGUACGAGGAUUACUGUGGACGAACUGCGAAACUUAGUAUAUUGCGACUUCAUUGAUGUCAAGUUAGACGUCCGCCUGUACCAAGAAGUCAGUGAUCUCGAUCAACUGCGGGAUAUCGUGGAGACGUAUCUUAACGAGUACAAUUCGAUGACGAAGAAGCCCAUGAAUUUGGUUUUGUUCCGGUUCGCGAUUGAGCAUCUGUCGAAGAUCGCUCGUAUCAUCAAGCAGCCACGAAGUCACGCUCUCCUCGUCGGAAUCGGUGGUUCCGGCAGGCAAUCCUUGACUAGAUUAGCGUCGCACAUCUGUGACUACGAUGUGCACCAAAUCGAAAUUGCUCAGCAAUAUAGCACCUACGACUGGCACGAGGACAUCAAAGAUAUUAUGAGGAAAGCCACCGUCAGCGAUUUACAUUCAACCUUCCUCUUUAGUGACACGCAGAUCAAAGAGGAGAAUUUCUUGGAAGACAUCAGUAAUAUGCUGAAUACAGGCGAAGUACCCAAUAUAUUCACGGGCGAAGAGAAGGUUGAGAUAUGCGAGAAAAUGAAGCAGAUCGACCGGCAACGAGAGCGAUCGUUGCAGACGGACGGUAGCCCGGCGGCGCUUUUCAACUUGUUUGUUCAAUUCAUUCGCGAUCAGCUGCACAUUGUUGUCACCAUGUCUCCCAUCGGCGACGCCUUCAGAAAUCGCAUUAGGAAAUUCCCGGCUUUAGUCAACUGUUGCACCAUAGACUGGCUUCAGCCGUGGCCGGAAGACGCUUUGUUAGCUGUCGCGACGAAAUUCUUAUCCGCCAUCGAGCUCACCGAGGAUGAGAGGGGCGCCUGUAUCGACAUGUGCCAGUACUUUCAUAUGUCCACUCAGAAAAUGAGCGAGGAAUUUUUGAUUCGCCUGAACCGGUACAAUUACGUAACGCCGACUUCUUACCUCGAGAUGAUCAACACCUUUCAGACGUUGCUCGAGAAGAAACGCAGUGAUGUAUUGCAUGCCAAAGCUCGAUACGAAGGCGGACUGGGACAACUGGAUGGCACGCAGCAUCAAGUGACGGAGAUGCAGAACAUGUUGAUGCAAUUGCAGCCGCAAUUGGUCGCGGCCACGCAAGACGUUCAGAGGAUGCUCGCCGAUGUUGAGAAAGAGAGUCAGGAAGUGGCGGAAUUCGAGAAAGUGGUGAAAGUCGAUGAAAUCGCGGCGCAAGAAGUAGCGAACGAAGCAGCUGCGAUAAGGGCCGAAUGCGAUGCUAAUUUGGCCGAAGCCAUGCCGAUUUUGAUGCGCGCGCAAGCUGCGCUGGACACGCUGACAACGGCGGAUAUCGCGGUGGUUAAAGCGAUGAAAUAUCCGCCGCCCGCCGUGAGGCUCGUAGUAGAGAGCGUUUGCGUCCUCAAGCAAGUAAGGCCGGAAAGGACAGAGGAUUACUGGAAGGUUGCCCUGAAAGUUCUCAGCGAUGUCAAAUUCUUAGACUCGCUGCUUCAUUUCGACAAGGACAACAUACCGGAAGAAGUGAUAGCCAAGAUACGGAAGGAUUACCUGACCAAUCCGGACUUCGAUCCGGAGAAGAUGAAGAAAGUCUCGACGGCUUGCGAGGGUCUGUGCCGCUGGGUCAUCGCGAUGUCCGAGUAUGACGAAAUCGCGAAAAUCGUCGCUCCUAAAAGACGAGCCCAGGCGCAGGCCGAGCAAGCCUAUCAAUUGGCCAUGGAGAAGUUGGACUUAAAGAGAAAACAAUUGCUCCAAGUGGAGCAAAGAUUACUGGACCUUCAAGAGACUCUAAAUCAAAGAAAAGCAGACUUCCAAGCGAUGUCGGAACAAGUGGCGGACUGCGAGUUGAAGCUGAAGCGGGCCGAGGAUCUCAUCGGAGGAUUGGGUGGAGAGUACGCGCGUUGGUCUCAGUCCGCCAAAGAUUUGGGCGAAAAAUAUUAUCGACUGACGGGCGACAUAAUAAUCGCCUCCGGCAUAGUGGCUUACCUGGGGCCGUUCACGACGCCGUUUCGCGUGCAACAGGUAAGCGAGUGGGUCGACUUGUGCACGAAUCUGCAAGUGGUUUGCACCCGAGAUUUCCAACUGCGCGACAUACUCGGCGAUCCAGUUCUGAUUCGGUCCUGGAACAUCGCCGGCCUGCCCGCGGACGCGUUUUCCGUUGACAACGGCAUCAUCGUCGUGAACGCCAGGAGGUGGCCGCUGAUGAUAGAUCCGCAGAAUCAGGCCAAUAUAUGGAUAAAAAAUAUGGAGAAGGAAAACAGUUUAUGCAUCAUUCGGCUGACCCAGCAAGAUUACGUGAGGGUCUUGGAGAACGCUUUACAGUUCGGACAACCGGUGCUGCUCGAAAACGUGGAGGAGGAACUGGACGCUAUUCUCGAGCCGGUACUUCUCAAGCAGACGUUCAAGCACGCCGGUGCGAUGUGCAUAAAAUUGGGCGACGCCAUAGUGGAAUACAAUACUAAUUUUAGGCUGUACAUCACGACGAAGCUGAGGAACCCUCAUUACCUGCCGGAAAUAGCCGUUAGGGUGACUCUGCUGAAUUUUAUGAUAACGCCAAGUGGCUUGGAAGACCAGCUACUCGGUAUCGUGGUCGCGAGGGAAAGACCCGACCUGGAGUCGGAGAAGAAUGUUCUAAUCGUGCAGAGUGCAACGAACAAAAGGUUGCUGAAGGAGACGGAAGAUAAGAUCUUGGAAGUGCUUUCCUCGGAAAGUAAUCUCCUGGAGAACGAAGCGGCUAUCGACAUUCUGACGUCGUCUAAGAACUUGAGCGACGACAUUCAAGUGAAGCAAGCGGCCACGGAAAUAACCGAAAAGUCGAUUGACGUCGCGAGAUUGCAGUACAAACCCAUCGCCGUCUACUCGACCGUACUCUUCUUCACGAUAGCAUCGUUAGCCAACAUAGAUCCGAUGUAUCAGUACUCGUUAGUUUGGUUUGUGAAUCUCUACAAUAUGGCCAUCACAAAUACGGAGCCAGCCGAAAAUGUUGAGCAACGUUUGAUAGACUUGACGAAAUACUUCACGUAUUCCCUUUACGGCAAUAUCUGCAGAUCGUUGUUCGAAAAGGAUAAACUAUUGUUCGCGUUGCUUCUCAUUAUCAACCUGCGCGAUACGAGCGAUACGCCUGAAUUCAUGAGCCAGUGGCUGUUCCUGUUAACCGGUGGGAUAGGCUUGGAGAAUCCGUACGUUAAUCCCACAGAGUGGUUGCCCGUCAAACAAUGGGACGAACUGUGCAGACUGGACAAUAUCGCAGGAUUCGAGGGUAUUAGAGAGUUGUUUUCGAAUAACCUCGACGAAUGGAGGAGGCUGUUUGACUCGAAGGAACCGCAGGAGGAAACCCUACCGGCGCCGUACGACCAGCUACAUUCAUUCGAACGAAUGCUGAUACUGCGAUGUAUCCGGCCUGAUAAAAUCAUAUCUGCGGUGCAAGCAUUCGUGGGAGAACAACUGGGCGCGGAAUUCGUAGAGGCGCCACCCUUCGACUUGUCAUCCUCGUACGCGGACUCCAACUGCUGUAUUCCGUUGAUAUUCAUCUUGACUCCCGGCACCGAUCCGGCGCAGACCUUGAUGGUGUUCGCCGACGAGCAGGGCUACGGCAUCAAUCGUCUCUUCUACUUAUCCCUCGGCCAGGGUCAAGGGCCAAUAGCGGAAGGGUUGAUAAAGGACGGCGUGUUGUACGGUAACUGGGUGGUGCUGCAAAACUGUCACUUGGCUAAGAGCUGGAUGCCGACUUUGGAGAAGAUCUGCGAGGGCCUGAUACCGGACACCAUCCACCCGGACUUCCGGCUCUGGCUGACCAGCUAUCCGGCGGAACACUUCCCGAUAUCGGUCCUCCAGAACGGCAUCAAGAUGACGAACGAGCCGCCCAAGGGGCUCCGUGCCAACAUCUUGAGAUCCUACGCGAGCGACCCGAUCAGCAAUCCGGAAUUCUUCGAGAGCUGCGUUCAAACUGACUAUUUCAAGAAGCUGAUGUACUCGUUGUGCUUCUUCCACGCCGUCGUGCAAGAGAGACGCAAAUUCGGCCCGAUCGGCUGGAACAUCCCGUACGAGUACAACGAGACCGACCUGAGGAUCAGCGUGCUGCAAUUGAAAAUGUUCCUGGACGAGUACGAGGACGUGCAGUUCGAGGCUCUGAAGUACCUCACGGGCGAGUGCAAUUACGGAGGAAGAGUCACGGAUGAGUGGGAUCGCAGGACAUUGACCACCAUCCUGGAGAAAUUCUACUGUCAAGAACUGUUGGAGAGUCAGUUAUACUACUUCGACGAGUCGUCCACUAUGUAUUACUGCCCCAUCGUCCGCGAAUACGAUGCGUUUCUCACGUACACGAGGAACCUUCCGAUAAUCACAGCGCCGAGUGUAUUCGGCAUGAAUGAGAACGCCGAUAUUCUCAAGGAUCAGCGGGAGACAGAGUUGCUAUUCUCUUCGCUUCUGCUUACUCAGGAAACUGUAAAAUCCGGUAUGAGGCUAACGUCCGAUGACGAUGUGAUUUACAACAUCGCCGCCGAAAUAUUGGAGAAGUUACCGGAUGAAUACGAUCUGAUCGCGGCACUCGUGAAAUACCCUACGUUAUACAGUCAAAGCAUGAACACCGUGCUAGUGCAAGAGAUGGACAGAUUUAACAAAUUGUUACGCUGUAUCAGAGGCAGCCUCAUUAAUAUACAGAAAGCUAUCAAAGGUGUGAUCGUGAUGUCCUUCGAGCUUGAAGACAUUUACGAGGCAAUUUUAACGAGUAAGAUACCCGCUUUGUGGAAACAGAAUUCUUACCCGUCCCUAAAACCUUUGGGCAGUUAUAUCAGUGAUUUUCUACAACGUUUAAUGUUUAUACAGAAAUGGUACGACGAAGGACCGCCUAUCACGUUCUGGUUACCGGGAUUUUACUUCACACAGGCGUUCCUGACCGGGAUACGGCAAAAUUACGCGCGAAAAUAUCAGAUCCCAAUAGAUCUGCUCGCGUUUGACUUCGUAAUCAUGAAAGAGACGGUCUUCGAGUUUGCCCCCGAGGACGGUGUCUAUAUUUACGGUCUAUUUUUGGACGGCGCGCGAUUCGAUAUGGAGAAUAUGAAUGUAGAGGAGAGCUUUCCCAAAGUGCUCUACGACCAGGUGCCUUAUAUACAGCUGAUACCGUCGAAGAUACAAGAUAUCAGUGAAAGGCGCUUGUACGUUUGCCCGUUGUACAAAACCAGCGAACGUCGUGGGGUAUUAUCCACUACUGGUCACUCCACUAACUUCGUCAUAGCCAUAUGGUUGCCUACGAUAAUGCCGCCCAAACACUGGAUUAUAAGGGGAGUUGCCAUGCUUUGUCAGCUUAGCGAAUAAAAGCAUAAACAUAAUCACA